AUGCAUCAUGCGCAAAAUGGGACAUCUCAACAAGAAUACACAAGGUGGCAAACUGUCAGAAUUUGUCAUUUCUGGCAGCUGCAGAAGGGAUAUGCAACGCUUAUAUGCAACUCCAUUUUAGCCUCAAGUGAGAGGCUGUUAGAUGGGACCGGCCGCGUGCUAUUUCUCACCAGAAGGACAGCACAUGGUCUGAUUAAACACUGUAUUCAUGCUUUGAUUCUUAGGCAGGGACCGGAAAGCUAUGUCCAUCAAGCAGCUAUGUCGUUUUCGUGUCGUGGACCCAGACGUCGACCACCAAAUUUACGUUCGGAGCUAUCCAGCCAUGAUAGUAGAGCCUCAUUCAAGGAGUUUGCGGGGAUGUCCCGCCGACGUCAAAAAGUUCGGAUAUUCUUGAUGCACAACCAAUGGGCUUGGAAAGCGGAGAGAUCUUGUCGGCCGGGGAUGAGGAGGCGCAGCGAUACAUGCGCGCAUCACCAAAUUCAUCGGCAGCAUUCGUCAAAAUCGUGUGUCCACGAAACACGUCCGAGCAUUCACCUUGCGUCCCCGGUCGACUGGCAUUGGCCACAUUUCGACAACAGCUUGGUGUCUCUUGUCGUUCGUCUCAAGUAUGUGGCACUUGACGGCUGCGUCCCGGAGUGUCUCCUCUUGAGGCCCUUGAGAGCCUCCCCGAGCUCCACAGGCCUCGAUGUCGUCGCCGCUGUCGACAUGGUGCGGUCCGUUUCAUGGCUCCUGCAGCCCAGCUGUCGCCGCGGCGCCAGGACCUCAUCCCUGUUGCAUCGGGACCUUGCCUUCCCUUCCUGCACCGAGUUGCGCGCACGGGUCAGGGGUUUCUUAGCCACAGAAGCUUAA